AUGGAUCGAUACAACGAGGUGAAGCUUCUGCUGAAGAGCUGGGAGCAAGGGUUCGUCUCUCAACAUCAGAGGAAACCAAACAAGGUACAUUCAACACUCCAACAGUCAGUCAGGAGUUCUCAAAACACUGAAAAACAUGACUUUAAUGUUAGUCACACUUAUCAGAUAUUCGUGUAUGCACCUUUUCUGGGGUCUUGUAUGUUAACAUUUCAUGUCACAAAUCACAGCAGUUAAAUAUAAUUGUCUUACAUUUGCAGGAGGAUAUAGAUCAAGCUCCAGAGGAGACAAGGAGUGAGUACAAUUCAUGACAUGUAGGGGAGAGUGGGUAGGGAUACAGCUCCUAUUACCCCGCUCCUAUGGUCAACUUACCCCAAACACGGGGUAAGUUGACCAUAGGAAACCACUUUUUUUGGCAUGCUAUACAGUUAUGUUUACACUCAUUCUGUUGAUUUGCAGGGAUGCACAUAUAUGCAGAUACACUAGUUAGAGACAAAACUAUGAUUGCCUUAAUGUAGUGAUCCGAAUUAUGAAAAAUUGGCUCAUCUUACCCCAUUCUUUUCCUAAGUCUAUGCAUGCAACAUAGAAAAACAUCUUUCAUAUUUCUCACUACCAUCAUAAACUUUCAGCGGCACCACGUCACUUUUUGCCUUUUUCUUUCAGGGCUGUACAAAGAGUACCGCAGUUUAAAACAAGCCAAAGAAAACAGCAGCAGUGAUGCAGCUGGCAGACAUGGAGAUCAGUCUAAAGCUACAGCUGAGGUCAACACAACCAAGAAGGUAAAAAAAAAAAGUUGUGUGUGUGACUCUAAGUGUGUAUUCAAUUUGAAUACAGGAAAAGGAAUAUAAUAUGUCUGUUUUUUGCUUUUUAAAGGAAUCAGACUGUUGGGGUGCUCAUCUGAACCGCGGUGCACUUCCUGUAUCUUCUCCCAAACUGACACCUGAGGACAGAGACAGUCUGAAAGCUUCAUCUCAAUAUUACGGUCUGAAGCUUAAAAAUAAUCUAGCUUCUCUUGGCAAGGUGAGGCACACUCAUCUAACUUUAUAUUUUACCCUCCAAAACAACCAUAAACUCGUUUGUUUUUAGUGAUAACGUCAUGAUUUUGUUAUUCCAGGAGAGACCUGUGUCCCUGAAAAAAUCAGGAGGGGGUCGAUUGCCUCUAAAUUCCUUGAAAGAUGGAGGAGCUACACAGACGAACAGCCCUGCUGCUCCUGCUGUUCCUGCUGCCGCCAACAAAUCCAACACCACUAACUCUGAAUCCAAUCCUUUCUCACCAAGGUAAUGACACUGAGCUUUGUGAUGUUCACAGGAAGAUAUGUAGCAGCUUUCCCAGUGGAUACUUUUGUAGAUCAGCUGCAUUAGACUGCCAGGACACAAGAGGGCAUCAGCAAACAUUUCCAAACACACUCUUGGAUUCUUUUGUCUCCCUUGUGUGAAGAAUUUGAUAUUGCAGCAAAUUUUAGUUGUGCUGUCCACCUGCAAGUAACUUUGCUUCUCUUACUUUUAAAUUUCAAAGGGUGGCGGCCAAUUUUUCUUAUUUGUCUCGCAGAAUAUGAAGUUAUUGAUCAUAUAUGUGAUCUGUGGGCUAUUCUAGUAACUUUGUCUCUGUUCACAGGAGAGUGAAAUCUUGCCUGGGGUCUCUUGCUUCACCACUAAAACAUCCAACAGAGCCUGAAGAUCAGUUUAAACCAUUUGAACCUUUCAGAGGACCCGAUGAAGAGCUUCCAAAUCAGGUUAUCGCCAAUCUACCUCCCUCUGCGUCUAAACCCUCUGCUCCUUUCGUGUCUUCAUCUUCUCUAGAUUGUGUGGGAACUGGAGCCACAGAGAACCUAAAAGACGCAAAAGAAGCUUUUGGGGACAGAAAUGAGACAUUUGAAGCUGUAAAAACUCCACAUAGAGGUAUUGGUUCUGGAUUUAUAGGAAGCCCAAAGGUUCCUGGAGGAUUCAGUGGAGGGCUGGGAGGAAGGCCGUCUCCUGCCAGCAGACUGAGUUUUCUUGAUAAGAAGUGGUUAGAGAGGUGUCAGGUGUUUGGAGAGAUGGAGGCUGAGGAGAAGCCUGGAGCAGGCAACCAGGAGAUCAAGCUGGAGAGGAAAGAAGAGAGAGUAAAGGAAAUUGAACCAGAAGGAAAAAUACAAGGAGGGGAAAUUGUCGGCAAAAUGGAAACACAUGCAGAGGGAGACAGAGGAGAGGGAAGACACUCAAGUGGUGAGGAAAAGAUUCAGAAAAUAGUCUGUGAGAAUGAGUCAAAAACAACUCAGCCCGUUAGAAAAAGUGGAGAAGGGAAAGAAAAGGUCAAAAGGAAAAAGAGCGAGCAAGCAGAAGGAGGACUGACGCCACCUUUAACUCCAGAAGACGACACCGAGCGCAGUCAAAGAGCCAAAGGUACGAAGAAGAGAGGCACAAAGAGGCAGAGAGAGGGCGAGGACAUCGAGGGAGAGGCGACAGAAGAGGGAGGAGCGAAGAAGAAGCGGAAGAAUGGCAAAAAGAAAGAGGAAGGCUCUGAUGUAAAUCCAAGUGCAGGACCAGGAGAAGUGAAGAAAAAGAGAGCCAAGAAAAAAGCUGAUAAAGAUGAAGAAGAGGGAGAAGAGAAGAAAGAAACUAAGGCGCCUAAAAAGGUACGUCUGCUUGAACUCAGCACAGCCUAACUUGGUUUUAUAUCUUGUUCAAAUUAGUUUAACACUCUCAUAUCCCUGUCAAGCCUCCUCAGGAGAACUUACUAGGAGAAGUAGAGGAGGAAUAUGAAAGGAAGAGGAUGUAUCACAGUCAGCCUGUCAAAGCCAGGUAGGUCCAAACAUGACCGGACUGCACAAUUCAAAUGUUGUUGUUGACCUCCUGAAAUGACAGUCUGUUCAUGAAUGACACAUUUAUGUGCAGAAGCACCAAAGGAGCUGAAGGAAACUUUGUGAAGAUAAACUUAAAGAAGAAAUCUCAUGUGAAAGGCUACGCUCUGAGGGGUGUGGGUCUACGCAAACAGGUACGUUUUGUGGUUGUUUUUGAGCGCCUGUAAGAUCACUCAUAUCAGUGGAAGGGGUGUCAUAAUACAAAGAGUAUAAAUAGCUUCCUGGUUUUGUGAGGAAAAGAUAUUUUUUGCUCUUUAGCUCAGAAAUCUAAACCACAAAACAAAUACAGUCCAAGUAUUCUGAGGUAUUUUGAAGUCAUAAAUCUACCUUGUCAUUUUUAGAUGUACAUGCAGAAGUUCCAGCUCAAAGGCGAGCGCUUUGGUGGAGGGGGUGGAUAUUUUGGCAGAGGAAGGCGAGGUGGAUUCAGAGGAGGGUUCAACCGGCAGGGUGACACCUGCUACAAGUGUGGAGGAACCGGACACUGGGCCAUUGACUGCAAGGGGCGAGGUAAUACAGAGUCAUGGGUAUUCACAAAUAAAGAUCUGUUUGAUGUGCUGGCUUGAAAUAUUCAUACUCAGUGACUUCAGAUUUCUGAGUGACUUUACUCUACAGGAGUCUAAAUAAAACAUCAGAUUUAUUUUUUGUAUUGAGGAACUAAAUCAGUUGAUUCCUCUUGAUUCUGGUCUGCAGCUCCGCCCCCUCCUGUUUCUGAGGACCCACCUGCUGAAGAGGAGCCAUUUGAACUGCCCACACUAGAGGAGGUUGCCAGGGCAACAGGGACGCUAAAACCUCAGCCACUCGGUAAACUUAUAUACUUAGUUUUGACACAGUUUUAUCACCGUUGUUUUGCUUUUGUUUCUACUUUUAACCACGUGUCAUUGUAUCCCAGCUGCAUCUCCAAGUGUCAAAGAGGAGCAGCAGUACCAAGAGAAAGAAACAGACCGCAACCAAAAAGACGAGGUCCUGCUGAAUGUCAUUCGUCCUGACUAUGAGCGUCCAGCUCCUCCACCACCAAUGGAGCCGCUUUAUCGGCCCAGAGAGGACGGCAAAGUUCAGGGUAAACACUUAAAGUCUGGUGUCCUUGAGAUCACUUUAUAUGAUUCUGACCAAGAAACCAAACAGAAGUACUGUAAAUUCAUUUCUUGAAUGUGUUCUCUUUGUAGAAACACCUGCUGAGGUCUACGCCGCUCUGAGGGACCUCGGCUAUCCGUCGUUUAGAGCAGGACAAGAGGAAGCCAUCAUGAGGAUCCUGUCUGGUAUGUUUCCUACACUCGUAGCAGACAAUGUGCACAUAGGCAUUACUUGUUCAAGUGUAGCAUCCAUAAUCUUGUUGGGUUUUCUUUUUAGGUCUCUCCACCCUCGUGGUGUUGUCAACAGGGAUGGGUAAAUCUCUGUGUUAUCAGCUCCCAGCCUACAUGUAUGCUCAGAGAUCACAGAGCAUCACUUUGGUCAUUUCACCUCUCGUCUCACUCAUGGACGACCAGGUAAUAUCCGCUGUUAUACAUGAUCCUUGAAGACUACAAACAAAUACAGCCUUAUGCUCGGUUCUGUUAUUGUGAAGUAUGUCCUCUCUUUGUAGCUCUCCGGGCUGCCGGUGAAACUGAAGGCAGCUUGUAUCCACUCCAACAUGACCAUGAAACAGAGAGAAGCUGCGAUAGAGAAGGUAUAAGACACAGCAGGAGCAGCAACAGUAUCAGACUAUAGCAACCAUCUUUUACUUUUAUGGUUAAGUUCUUCAGUUGAACCCUCGUAUAUUUACCUUCAUGUUCAUGUUUAUCCACCGAUGGGUUUUUUCUUCCUCUGCAGGUGAAGUCUGGACAGGUCUGCGUGUUGCUCCUCUCUCCUGAAGCCCUGGUUGGUGGAGGUGGUUCAGGUUCAGGGUGUCUCCCCUCAGCUCAAGAGCUCCCCCCUGUGGCCUUUGCUUGUAUAGACGAGGCUCACUGUGUGUCGGAGUGGUCGCACAAUUUCAGACCGUGCUACCUACGGCUGUGUAAGGUGGGUUUAUGAUGAUGGAGGUGGUUCUUGUGGAUUUAGAAAUAAGUCUGCUUAAUUAGUUUUGCGUGUUUUUAUGUGUGCUUUCUUAUCUUGAGCAGUUGAGCUCAUAGGACUAGUUAUUACAAUCCCUUAUAUCAGCACUUGGAAUUGAGUGUGUGUGGGGGGGGGGGGGGGGGUAAAAGCUUCACUGGGGUCUUCAGGUGGGCACCCCCCUUCACUGGUGUUUCAUUGAUAGGCCCACGACACCUCCAGGGGGCUCAACGGCGACACCUGGCGUCCCAGGUGUGCCCCCCUCUGCUUUUACCCCUAGGUGGUCAUUUUGCAGCCCAGGUGGAGUCCUUUCUCUUGAUCCAGAGCCAUCUGCUGCUUCGUUCGGCAGCCUCUGAUAUUGAUUUGAUGGCUCGUCGGAAGGCCUGUCCUCGUACUCCCAAUCUCUUCAGAAGCUUGGUUGUGGAUGUUGCAACGAAGCCUCUGCACCCAACCUCCACCGGAAGCACCCGGGCCCUCCAGCCGCGCUUCUCUGCCUCGGCUGCUAUGUCCGCAUACUUCAGUCGUUUGCGCUCAUAUGCUUCACCAACUGCUGCCUCCCACGGUACAGUUAAUUCAAUGAUGAACGCAACCUUCUGGGUGGUUGACCACAAGACCAGGUCCGGCCUGAGGCUAGUUGGAAGGAUCUCAGGCGGAAAGAUGAGUUUUUGGUCUAGGUCAACCUGCAUCCUCCAGUCCCGGGCAGAGUCUAGGAGGGUUGCCUCCACUCUUGCAGAUGGUUUUGCCGGUGGUUGUCCUGCUCUUACAAAUGGGGUGGUGUUUGGGCGUCUAGGCAUUGGUGGAGGCAGGGCAUUGAUGGUUGUUCUCCUUCCUUCCAGAGUGAUCGCCAGUUGUCUUAGGACCUGGUUGUGUCUCCAGGUGUAGCGGCCUUGGGACAGACUGGUUUUACAGCCGGUGAGGAUGUGACUCAGUGUUGCAGGUGUUUGACAGAGUGCACAAGAAGGAUCUUCUCCAAACCAUUGGUUUAGGUUUUUGGGUGUGGGAAGAACAUCAUAGGUGGCUCUGAUGAUGAAGCUGAUUUGGCUUCCUUCCAUUUCCCAAAGAUCCUUCCAUGUAAGCUUACGAUGCUCCAGGUUUUCCCAGCUGGUCCACUGUCCCUGUUUGGACUGUGCUACUGCUGUCGCGCAUCUGUUUGCCUCCUCUUGUUGCCGAACCUGAGCAACCACCAGCUUUCUCCUCUGGGUUGAUGUUGCUUUGUGCCAUGUGGGUCGACUUGUUCCGAGUCCAAACCCGCCUCUUCCAUGCUGCACCUGUCCCACAAUGUCUCCAUGCCUGAGAGCAGAUUUGGCUUGCUGUACCGCCUCAGAUGGGUUCCAUUUCCUCCCAGUUGCCAGUCUGGGAGCAGCUGCACGGAUCACCUCAUCUUGCGACUCAGUCAGGGUCAUGUUCAGCCUCACCUUGGUGCACUUAAACUCCUCUGUGAGGCUAGAGAUGGGCAGUUCCAGGGCACCAUGUCCAUACAAGCCGAUGUUGCUGAGGCAACGCGGGAGGCCAAGCCACUUCUUGAUGUAUGAGCUCACUGUUCUUUCCAUCUUCUCGACUUUGGUCAUGGGGAUCUCAUAGACUGUUAGAGGCCACAUCAGGCGGGGGAGCAAUCCAAACUGCAGGCACCACAGUUUCAACUUGCCAGGAAGCAAGGUCUUGUCUAUGCUGACGAGGCCUUUGAUGGUUUCUUCCCUCAGCUGAUCACUCUGGUCCGAGUCUUUGAGAUGUGCGUUGUAUAGUCGCCCUAGGCUCUUGACUGGCAGUUCAGACACCAAUGGGAUGGGUGUGUCCUUGAUGUGGAACCUCUGGUCUGUGAGUCUCCCCCUGACGAUGGAUAUGCUCCUGGAUUUGCUUGGUUUGAACUUCAUCCGUGCCCAUGUGAUGUUGGCAUGAAGCUUUCCUAGCAGAUGUUUGGUGCAUGCAACGGUUGAGGUCAGGGUGGUCAUGUCAUCCAUGUAAGCGCGAAUGGGAGGGAGACGCUGGCCACACUUCAGACGUUCUCCACCCACAACCCAUUUGGAAGCUCGAAUUAUCACUUCCAUUGCCAUGGUGAAGGCUAGUGGGGAGAUAGUGCAUCCAGCCAUUAUUCCCACUUCCAAAGAUUGCCAUGAUGUUGUAUAUUCUGUUGUUUUGACACAGAAUUGCAGAUCUUGGAAGUAGUUUCUCACCAGGUUUGUGAUGGUACUUGGGAUGUGGAAGAAGUUGAAAGCUGUCCAGAUCAGAGAAUGAGGGACGGAUCCAAAGGCGUUGGCUAGGUCCAGAAAUAGGACGUGCAGGUCCCUUCCUUCCCUUUUGGCAGAUUGGAUUUGGUGCCAUAUCAUGCUUGUAUGUUCCAAGCAUCCUGAAAACCCAGGUAUUCCAGCUUUCUGCACAGAUGUAUCAAUCAGGUUGUUUUGCUUCAGGUAUGUUGUCAUCCUUUUUGCAACGAUGCUAAAAAAGACCUUCCCUUCCACGUUCAACAGGUUGAUUUGCCGGAAUUGAUCGAUGUUGGAGGCAUCCUUCUCCUUGGGGAUUACCACUCCUCCAGCUCUACGCCAUGCUUUUGGAAUGGUUUGCUUCGUCCACAUCACCUUCAUUUGCCUCCACAGGAAGCGUAAGAUGUUUGGGGAGUUUUUAUACAGCCGAUAUGGAACUCCAUUUGGUCCUGGAGCUGAAGCUGCCCUUGCCUUCCUCACUGCUUCCUCGACCUCGCUCCACUUUGGAGGACUGUCAUCCAGCUGGUGUUCUGGUAGAGGAAUUGGUGGCAUGUCUGAUGGUAUCUCCCUUUGUUCAAAUCUUUGGCUGUCUGUGUGAGUGGUUUUCAGGUGAUCUUCCAACUCCCUCUUUGGCACCUUAAGUGACCCGCUUUUUUCCUUAGUGAAGAGUCCUUUUACAAAUCUGAAGGGGUCCUUGUAGAAGGAUGUUCUCGCCCUUUCCUUCCUCUUGCGUCGAGUCCUGAGGUUUUCAGCUCUCCGCAAUCUUCCCAGGCGUCCCUUUAGGUCUGUUUGCAGGAGGUCAAUGCCCACUCUUUCCUCCAUUGAGGCUCUCUUCCAUUGUUUCCUCAAUUCCCUUCUCUCUUUAACCAGGCACUCGAUUUCUUUCUGCCUUCUGGACUUGGGAGGGGUUGUUGGUGGCAUAUUCUUCUUCCCUGUCUCUUUUGCUCCAAAUCUUUCUGCUCCAUAUGAGUAGAUCAGGUCUCCCAUUUUCUCCAGUUUCUUCUCCACUGUUCCUUUGACUCCGUCCAAGAUCUUGAUCAGGUCUGCAUCAAUUGUAGCCCACUCUUUCUUGCUGCUGGACUUUGGCCACUUCACAUGAGGUCUGUGGCCUUGCAUUUUCUUCUCUAAAGCAGGUUGCAAGUGGCUGGGUUCCAAGUUCUCUGAUGUUGUGCUUGAAUUAUUCUCAGCCUCUGGGGCACUGAUGCUCAGUGGACUGUGGGUUACAUCCUGCCGCUGAGCUUCACUCGCCUGACUUGACCUUUCUCUCAGAAGAUAUUGGUCAAUGCGAGGUCCUGGCCUCGUUUUCUUCACGCACUUCAUCCGGCCUUGGUGUAUUUUUAGGCCUCUGAUGGAGGUUACUUUGGACCAGCCACAGCUACAUACUUGGCGCUCUUGUCCUUCAGCCGAUGUUGUUGCUUGUUCUGUGCCGAUUAUCUGGUUCGUUGUCGUGUUCAUUCCAGGGUCAGUUACCGGGUUGUCAGCCGAUGAGUCAUCUUCCGCCCCCGCUCUCGCAGACUCUAGGGGUGUUUUCCUCUUUAAACUUUUCAUAGCAAUGGGGGGUGGCCUUUGUCUACUUGCCAAGCGACGGAGCCUGCCAUCACGGAUAGCUAGUCCGUGACAGCCCCGUUGGGGUCUUUCCCUCCUGUCAGCUGUCUUUCCACGCCGUCACAUGGUCUUUCCCUAGUUGUCAGCUGCCCUUUCACAGCAGUCACUGGAUUUCUCCAGCUUAUCAGUUGAGCUCAUAGGACUAGUUAUUACAAUCCCUUAUAUCAGCACUUGGAAUUGAGUGUGUGGGGGGGGGGGGGGGUAAAAGCUUCACUGGGGUCUUCAGGUGGGCACCCCCUUCACUGGUGUUUCAUUGAUAGGCCCACGACACCUCCAGGGGGCUCAACGGCGACACCUGGCGUCCCAGGUGUGCCCCCCUCUGCUUUUACCCCUAGGUGGUCAUUUUGCAGCCCAGGUGGAGUCCUUUCUCUUGAUCCAGAGCCAUCUGCUGCUUCGUUCGGCAGCCUCUGAUAUUGAUUUGAUGGCUCGUCGGAAGGCCUGUCCUCGUACUCCCAAUCUCUUCAGAAGCUUGGUUGUGGAUGUUGCAACGAAGCCUCUGCACCCAACCUCCACCGGAAGCACCCGGGCCCUCCAGCCGCGCUUCUCUGCCUCGGCUGCUAUGUCCGCAUACUUCAGUCGUUUGCGCUCAUAUGCUUCACCAACUGCUGCCUCCCACGGUACAGUUAAUUCAAUGAUGAACGCAACCUUCUGGGUGGUUGACCACAAGACCAGGUCCGGCCUGAGGCUAGUUGGAAGGAUCUCAGGCGGAAAGAUGAGUUUUUGGUCUAGGUCAACCUGCAUCCUCCAGUCCCGGGCAGAGUCUAGGAGGGUUGCCUCCACUCUUGCAGAUGGUUUUGCCGGUGGUUGUCCUGCUCUUACAAAUGGGGUGGUGUUUGGGCGUCUAGGCAUUGGUGGAGGGAGGGCAUUGAUGGUUGUUCUCCUUCCUUCCAGAGUGAUCGCCAGUUGUCAAAUCACACAAAUAUACUUCUGUGCACUGCUGACUAAAAAUGGACAAUGUUUGCAUGUUUUUAGGUUUUGAGGGAGCGAUUGGGAGUGAAGUGUUUGCUGGGACUCACCGCAACGGCAACCCUGUCCACCGCUCUGGACAUCGCCAAACAUCUGGACAUCACAGAUCAAGACGGCAUCGCAGUCCGGUCUGCAGCAGUGCCUCCUAACCUGUUUCUGUCCGUGUCCACAGACAGAGAAAAGGAUCAGGUGUGUUGAGCACAUGUCUCUGUAUAACUCAGGAGAAUAAUGUUUCUUGUGUUUUAUAGUUCAGAUUGGAUUUAUUGGUUUGAAGCUGCAACUUUUACAGCGAUUUUUUAAGCUGACUUGUCUUGGUUUUAAACUGAGGUCAUUUGUGUUUUUUCAGGCUUUAGUUUCCUUGUUGAAAGGAGAUCGUUUCGGUUGUCUGGACUCGAUCAUCGUCUACUGCACCAGACGAGAGGAGACGACUCGUGUGGCAGCGCUGCUCAGGACCUGCCUGCAGGGGGUGCUGUUGAAAGAAAAUAAACUGAACAGCAGCAGUCAGACAAGAAACAACCCGGUCGACCAGAAAAAGAAAGAGCUGGGUGAGGGUGGAAUGAUUUUUUUUAAGAUGUAGAGUAUUUUAAGUGUAAAAUCAGGAUGAAAGGCUUUUCUAAUGCACUGCUCAUGUAAAUUUUUUUUUGUGUGUGGCACAUUUAGCAAGAAAAAAGAUCCGUAAACCUCUGAAAUGGCAGGCGGAGUCAUACCACGCAGGUCUCUCGGCGUCAGAGCGCCGGCGUGUCCAGAACAACUUCAUGUGCGGGGAGCUCAGAAUCGUGGUGGCCACUGUGGCGUUCGGUAUGGGCCUGGACAAAUCCGACGUCCGAGGAAUCAUCCAUUACAACAUGCCAAAGGUGCGUGGUAUAGUCUGAUUAAAAAUAUCUAUCACAACAAAAACUAAAAGAGCGCCAAGUCUAAACGUCCUGUAAAUAGUGUUUCAUUACAGUUCAAUGUUUCUGCAGAGCUUUGAGAGCUACGUCCAGGAGAUUGGGAGAGCAGGGAGAGACGGAGAACCGGCACACUGCCACCUCUUUCUGGAUCCUGAGGUAGGGUUGACCCCGUCUCAUUAAAGUGACUUCAUUUACUCUUCCUGUCUAACUUCUCUGAUGAUGCUUGUAAUUCAUUUAUACAUCACAAUUAUCUCUGUUUUCAAUUCUGACAUCUCAACGCUCUUCUUGUUUAGCUCUCUUUUCUUCACUUACACAGUAUAAUUUGUGUUGUGUGUCGAUGUGUGCAGGGUGGAGACCUCCAUGAGCUCCGGCGUCAUAUCUACGCCGACACAGUGGACUACUACACAGUCAAGAAACUGGUUCAGAAGGUUUUCCCUCCUUGUAAAUGUAAACAGAUCCACCAGAGACAAAAUGAGCUUGUGAAGGUAAUUUUAUAUUCAUGUUUGUUUGCUUUAAACAUGGUUUUAAUAAAGAGUACAGAUAAACUAGAGAUGAAACUUUCCGCUUCAUGUGAACAAUCUUUUUAUAAAGGAUAUUGAAGAUUCAGAACUGCUAGAAUUGAUGGACAUAUGUGAUCAGGACACCAGCAUGAACUCUCUGGAACAUGCAGAGAUGCCGGCAUCAUCUGAGCAGGUAUGAAAACUAACACCCAAUGCGAGACAGUGGACACUGAAGCAGGCUGGGAAAUAUGAAACUUUAGCGCAAAAAAAACAUGCUGAGUAAAUGAAAGGAAACCAGAGUUUGUGUCUCUUGUGUCUCAGCCUGAGACAGAGGAGGUUACCGUCCUGGAAGACAAAGAUGAAGGAAAGGAAAAGGAGAAAGCCACUGGACAUGCAGAAACUGGAAGCUCCAUGAAGCACAAGGACGAGGAGGUGAAAAAAGGAGGUGAUUGGCUGAAGGAGCAGGAAGACGAAAGCAGUGAUUGGCCCUCGGAACGGGUUUGUCACACUCACACCAGAGCGAUACCCAUCGAAGCGACUGUGGAGGCUCUGGACAUCACUGAAGAAGGUAAAACACUGAAAGAGGAACGAACCAUGAAGAGAAUGAAAUCCAACAAAGAAAAUGUCAUUUCUCUUUAUUUCUCUGUGUCUGUCAGGUGUGGAAACACUCCUCUGCUAUCUGGAACUGCAUCCCCAGCGCUUUGUUGAACUCCUCCACCCCACCCUGUCUGUGUGUAAAAUCAGCUGUUACGAGGGACCGAGGCAGCUGCAGAAACUCACUAAAAUGUACAAAAACUAGAAGCUGUAUAAACUUUACAACCUGCGCUAUGUUCAGAUUCUUUAAACUGUUUUAUUUCCUCUCAGCUGUCCUCCCAUCGCUGUGGUUUUGGCCCGAAAGCGGAUGGCAGGCGAGAAGGUGGAGUCAUAUGAUCAGCUGGAGUUUGAUGUGGUUGAGGUUGCAGAUACGAUGGGAUGGGAGCUUCCUCUUGUGAAGAGAGGACUCAGACAGCUACAUUACGGUACGUACUCUCCACUGUAGGCGACAAAUACAAAUGAACGAUGAAGACGCUUCUUGACAAUGAAUCCUUACGUUGUGCGUUUCGUCCCAGCUGGUGGACGUAGCGGUGUCCGAGUUGAGUUCUCCUCCAUGUCUUUCUUCUUCCGCUCCUGUGGCGACCUCAGCGAUGAGGAGAUGGACAGAGUCUGCCAGUUUCUCCAUGAUCGAGUGCAGAACCAAGAGAGGACACAGCUCUACCAGCUGUCUGCCUGCUUCAAGGCCUUUAAGAGGUUCACACACACAUCUACAGUGCAGUCAUCCUUAAAACCGCAAAUGUUUUUAUUAAAAUAAGAAGAUAAAAACACAUCAAUAACAAGAGAACGCUUGGGAGGAAAUGUCACAUUACUGGCAAUAAAGAAAUAAAAUAAAAAUAAAAAUAUUUAAAGAUUUUCAGUGCCCCUUAUAGUCUGAAAAAUACGGUAAUUUCCUCUAAUCUUUGACUGCAAAUUUCCGUUUGCUAAUUGGUAAAAUCUGCUUAUGAAAAGUUUCCUUCAUCACCUGAAGAAACCGUAAAAAAAAUCAGAAUAAUCUGAUAAAAUGCGGAUAAAAAACAGCUCCUAUCCUUGACGGAUUUGAUGUCAUGAUAUCACAAACUCCCUGAUGCACGUCCUCUGUGUUUGUGUAUCGUUCUGCAGUGUUGCGUACCAGAGCGUCUUGUCCUGCGUUGAUGAUUUGGAUGAGAGUCGCAGCCUCCAGCUGAAAAACCUUCUCUCCGAGUACUUUGAAAAGAGACGAGAUAGAAGCCAGACACUGUCUGUGGUGGAUACUGAGGAGCUGGACAAAUAUAAAGUAAAACACACACACAGGAUAUCUGUCAGAACUCUUUGUCGAAUUUGAGUCCUGAGUGGUCUGAGUAUAUUUUUUGAUUGUGUUUGUGUUUGUAGUUUUUGGACUGGGAGAAUCAAAUCAGAGCCGACAUCAGGAGUUUCCUUUCCCACCGGAGUGAUGAGAAAUUCUCAGGGAGAGCUGUCGCCAGAAUCCUGCACGGCAUAGGUGAGAGCACACAAACAAAUUAAUGUGACACUCUGUCAUAAACGUAAGAACUAAAACACUGCAGGACGAACUUAGAUUAUUACUAUUUUUUAAGUAAACGCACUGAUACCACACUGUAUUGUGUUGUAGAUUACGUAGAUUACGACAUUUCAAGUAAAUUCAAGUUAGUUCAAGUUGCCGACCGCAUGCUUCCUCUAAUCUAGCUCUAAACAAAGCUGAAAUUUAAGAAGCUAAAACUUUGCUUCUAUUUAGAAAAUGGUUUUAACUUUUUUUGCUGUACUGUCAUAUUUUCACGUGUUUUGUUAACUUGUAAAGUAAAUAGUCCCUUAAGCUUGUACACUAUUGAUUUAACCCUCACAUACUGUUCGGGUCAAAUUUGACCCGUUUUGACUUUUAACAGCAGUAAAAAUACCCUAAACAUCAUUUUUUAAGCCUGAAACUUGAUGACUUUUCCUGAAGUUGCCCAAAAUACAUGAAAUUAAUUUAAAAAUAUUCAUGUGUAUUUUUAUGUGCUACAAAUUUUUCCCCUCUAAGGCUGUUACGGGUCAAAUUUGACCCGUAUCUAUAUUUAGAUGGAUUUUAGAUCUAGCAGUGUGGGACAAGUGACAAACAGUAACAACAGUGUUCAAUAUAAGGUUUGUUGUUCAAAAAGAUAUAUUCAAAUCAUUAUGAAACUAUCAUUACCUUGACAGAAACACACACACACACACGCACGCCCGACACAGACAUACAGUCACACAGACACACCUAGACAGAGGUCAAAAUGACCUAACUAGUCAAGAGAACUUUCUGUGACAGAAAGCUGCUCUUUGAACUCUUUGAAGGGGCAAUUUUGACCCGGAACAUACUGUGAGGGUACAGGAUUUGAACAGUAUGUGAGGGUUAAAGAGAAGUACAAUCAUUGCAGGGUCAAAGAUAACCUUUAGAGGGUGCUGAAGGAUCAACAGUGAUUGUUUUCAGAGUGGGGCCCAGAGAGUAGAUCACAUUCAAUCUUUGCCAGUUUUAAAAAUUGUUCUUGAACUUUUUUUAUGCCACAGAUAGUCUUAUAAAUUUUACUGACACAAGCUUCCAACCAGAUCUCUCUGUUGAUUUUACCUCACAAAAUGAAGGACAUUGACAGGAAAAACUUCAGGACUUUACUGUCCAAGUACCACAAGUUUAAAGUCUUGCUAUCAGCUCUAGAUCUGCUCACAGUUUGUGCUUCAUUAAGAUAAACAUAAUCACUAAAGUUGAGAACUGUCUCUGCGUUACAGGCAGUCCUUGUUUUCCUGCUCAGACGUACGGCAGAGACAGGCGAUACUGGAGGAAGUACAUUCAGUUUGACUUCAACCAGCUCAUCAGACUGGCCACGCAGGAGAUCAUUCGCUUCAAGUGAAGAAUCUGAUUUCCUUACUUCUCUUCCCUUACGGGUUAUUAAAAAAAACAGCUAUUAUUUCACAAAUCGCUUCACAAUGUCAGAAUAUCUCAUGUGAUGUUAUUUCUAAUGUGUUGAAGUAUUUAUUUUUAAG